AUGUCUUCUCUGGUUGCCGACUUCAUCAUCAAUCCAGUCAUUCGGCAGGCUCGACGGCUCUCGGAGAUUGGACAGCGAAGGAACACUCCAGACGAAGAGCCUGUCAAUGUGGCGGACCCUAGACGAAGCCUGGCGGAGCACCUGGCCUUCUUGGGGUUUCCGCAACAGAAUCAGCAUGUGAACGACCCAGCUCCAGACCAGGUCAAUGACAAUGAGGCCCCGCUGCCGGAGCCGUCCACCCCAGACCAGCUGCAGCAGCCUCCCAGCCAAAUCCGACACCGACCCCUCCGAGCUUCAACAGAACCGAUUGCCAUGCCUGUCAUCACGCCUCGCGACAUCGACCCCCCCACCAACACCACCACCACCACAACCAGCCCUCUUGCCGCAGCCACCAUCUCCACUGACAUUUUGGAUCAAGUUCGUCGUCCCGAUGCCAUAGUUCAGUCACCAGCAGCCAUGCUGCCCUACAAUUACGCAACACCCUCGCCGCCGCAACAAGCCGCCGUCCUCGUUGCCAGAGGACGAUGGCAUGGGCUCACUGCGAAGGCGUUUGAUCGCCAUUCAAACCCAAGAUGGUCUGCCCGCGGAAGAGAAGGCCCGCCUCCCCCCCCAGGCCUUGAUGGAAGGUUAUCGUCGAUCGCAGACCGCGGAUGCCCUGGCGACCCGGCAACAGCAGAAAAGUUUGAACUCUCGGCCGACGACAUCAAGCCGACCUUUGUGCCCGCUCGCUUCCCGAAAGACGCAACGCCCGAGAUCAUCGAAGACAUAUUAUCGCAGCCACAGCAGCUCGGAUGCCAACACUAUGCUCGCAACGUCAAGCUUCAGUGCUCGACUUGCGACCGUUGGUACACAUGCCGCUUCUGUCACGACGCCGCCGAGAAACACGCCCUUAUCAGGAAGGAUACUAGGAACAUGCUGUGUAUGGUGUGCGCCUGUCCGCAGAAGGCUGGUGAGGCCUGCGUCAACUGCGGCGAGGUCUCGGCUCAUUACUAUUGCAACAUUUGCAAGCUGUGGGACAAUAAUCCUAACAAGAGCAUCUACCACUGCAGCGAUUGCGGCAUCUGUCGGCGUGGCCGGGGCCUGGGAAAGGACUUCUUUCACUGCAAGAAAUGCUGCGCCUGCAUCUCCAUCUCUAUUCAAGACUCACACAAGUGUAUCGAGCGGUCUACCGACUGCGACUGCCCGAUUUGUGGCGAGUACAUGUUUACCUCUCCGAGGCCCGUUGUCUUCAUGGUUUGCGGUCACAGUAUUCACGCCAAAUGCUAUGACCAGCAUAUGCAGAGCUCCUACAAGUGUCCCAUCUGCAACCGCAGCCUCCUGAACAUGCAGAGCCAAUUCAGGCAGCUGGAGCUAUCUAUCCUCAGCCAGCCCAUGCCCUUGGAGCUGCGCAACACUCGUGCUGUGAUUCUGUGCAACGACUGCAGCGGCAAAAGCACCGUCCCUUAUCACUGGCUCGGACUGAAAUGCGCCAUAUGCAACUCGUACAAUACGGCGCAGAUUCGACUGGAGAACAGUCCAUUUCCAGAAGACGCCACCGGACAUCCGCCGGCGAACCCUCUUACCGAGUCGACUGGCUCAUUGGGUGCCGUGGAUAUGCCAGGCACACCUAGACGGCGCCACUCUUCCCUGACGGGCGUGCAGCUCCGGCAUGCCGCACCGCUGCCUGAUCGAUUGGCAAGGUCUGCAUCGCCGCCCCUGCCGCCGGGGUUGGCCGUGCCCGUGCCCGAGGGAACAGCUGUACAUGAUGCAGACGAUGCCGAUGACUCUGAUGAAGACAUGCUCGGCCUAUGGGGCACCCGUUUUCACCGGUCAUCUGAUGAGGAAGAGGAUGACGUGGAGUCCCUUUCGGACGAUGCUGGUGGCGACGACGACGAUGACGACGAGGUGGACGAUGAAGAGGAGGAAGACGACGAGAACGAAAUAGUGCUCUUCGGACACCGCUGA